AUGCUGGGAACAACAGCUUUCUCGGCAGGGGCUGCGACGCUGAGUUCCACAUUUUCCACUGAUUUCACUGAUUUCUUCGAAGGAGUCCGUUUUGGUGCCUUGCUCUCGGACUGGGAAGCGUCUUCCUUAGAUGAGCCAGCAUUGUCAUCUUCUUGGGUGGUUGAUCUUCUAGAUGGUGAACGUUCCGAAGUCCUCCUUGAACGGAAACUGCCACGGAAUGAACCCGAUGAACGCCUCUUCGCAUAG